AGUGAACAGUACAAUGCAUUUUCUAUGUAAUCUUUUUAUUUUUAAUGAUUUUAUUUUGUAACAAAGUAAAAAUAUUGUGGGGGUCGAUAAUGUCGUUGAUCCGCAAAUAUGUUAAAGCUCGUUUUUCCAUCACAUAGCACCAUCCGACGAUAAUUCCAAGUACUAAAUAAUCACCGGUUCUCGACCGAGCCUUUCGUAACCUAUAGAAGCAGAAGACUAAGUUGAGGGAAGCAUUGGUGUUACUUUUUCCAACUGAUUUUUACAAAGCAAAAAAUUGAAAUUCUGAAAUGGACGAGGAUAACGAUAAGGAACAUUUGUUGGAAGAUGAUUAUUACACGUUCCUCAAUAUCCCUAGAAAUGCAACCCAAGAAGAGAUCAAUAAUGCUUACCGCAGACAAAGCAAACUUUAUCACCCUGAUAAACACGUGGACCCUGUGCAUAAGAAAGAAGCGGAGGUUUUAUUCAACCGUACUAAAGAAGCGUACAAAGUUUUAAGUAAUCCGCAUCAGAGAGCCAUUUAUGAUUCUGUGGGAAUUCGAGGCUUACAAACGGAUGGAUGGGAGAUCGUGGAACGUACGAAAACCCCUCAAGAAAUCAGAGAGGAGUACGAGCAUCUUGCUAAGGAAGCUGAAGAAAGAAAGUUAAUGCAACUGACAAAUCCUACCACUAGUAUCGUAAUGAAUAUCAAUGCCACGGAUCUUUUUGACAGAUACGACGACGAUGACUAUGAAGAUAGCAGGAACAUACUUUCAUGCUUAGAAGUCAGUGGAAUGUCGUUCACACAAUCUAUCGAGGCACCUCUUACUUUACAAGACACUGUAACCCUGUACGGGCAGGUGACUACUCAAAAUGGCAUAGGGAGCGGUUCUGUUAAUUUCGCGGCCAGACGAUUGCUCUCGUCGAAAGGUUGGGUAGAAGUAGACUUUGGUGCCGGCAAUGGACCGAUGUUGGGCUUUAAAGGUUUCCGUGUGUUGCCCCACAAAUUAAUGCUUAACGGAGGUACCAUAUUGGAGUUCACACCGGUCGAGAUGAAGGCGAAUCUUGUAGGGACCUUGUCGAUGGAGUUAGAUACCCAUACUAUAGGGCAGCUUACGUACAAUGCAGGUCCAGAAAGCGCGAUGAGUACAGCGAUCGUAAGAGACACUUCUAGAUCUUAUACAUCGUUUCGAUUACAAUUUGGUAUUCAGCGGUCGUUUCUUAGUCUUAAUUACACUCACAAGAUGGAAGAGAGGGGAAUGAAACUGCGAGGAGGUGUGAAGGUUGGCACGUUCGGAGUGACCGUUGAAUAUGGAGCAGAGAAGAAGAUUUCACGUCACAGUAAAAUUUUCGCCACAGUAUGCGCCGGAGUGCCAACAGGAGUUGCGUUAAAAAUUAAAUUAAAACGUUCCUUUCAAACGUAUUCGUUUCCCAUUCAGUUGAGCGACGAACUUCUUCCAGCAACUGUCUUCUAUGCCACUGUAGUUCCUUUAGUAACAUGGGUGUUCGUGAAAAAGAUGGUGAUAGAUCCUAUGGUAAAGAAACGAAUGGAACGUGAAAAGGAGAAAGAAAAGGAGGUGAACAAAACUAGAAUGAUGGAGAAACAAAAAGAAGCAGAAAGUGCUACCAAAUUAAUGAGCGCAACGGUCAGCAGAAUAAGAGCUCAGGAAGAAGCGAAGAAAGGUUUGAUUAUUACCAAAGCAUUGUAUGGACGAUUUGUCUAUCCUCAAGAGGAGCAGUAUAAUUCAGAGCAGCCCAUGCGCAGAGAUGAAGUGAUAGAUGUAACUAUUCCUUUGCAGUGCUUAGUGAAGGAUUCAAAGUUAAUUCUUUAUGAUGCUUCCAAGAGCGAGCUACCAGGCUUUUAUGAUCCAUGCGUUGGAGAGGAGAAACAGUUAUUAAUACAAUAUCUGUUUCGUAGUCGAACACACGAAUGUAUCGUAAAGGACAACGCACCAGUUAGAAUACCAUUACCAUCACACAGAGUAAAUACGACAUGACGUAAACAACAACAGAGAAUAAUAAAGUGAAAUCAUCGUGAUUCGCGGUGAUAGUUUGUACCGCUUCAUGGAGUUAUUUUCAGUCAUUUUUUAGAUUAAACUUCUGCAAUUCCUUGUUGACGAAAUUUCAGUGUCUCAUCGAUCAUUUAUAUUUUGUAUAAGAACUGUAUUAACUCCGGAAUAGUCGUUUACGUAAUUUCGUUUCACCUAGAUGCAAGAAAAGUUUGAAAAGAAUAGAAUUCGCUAUACCAUAGCGAUAUUACUGCCCACAGGAAAGGAAUUAAUAGUUAGUUGUUGAUAGCGAUUAGGAUAAUUGCAUGUAUUUAAAUUGACUGAAUUAUUGUUAGAAAAAAUUGAAGAAGGGAAGAAACUUGUUAUAUCAUUUUAAGAUAAAAAAUAGAACAGAUAUUUUCUGCACCACCUUAUGUAUCGAUAUUUUGUCUAUCAAGACCGAAAGGUUGUGGAAAGGGUAGACUCAAAAUGUUUCCGGUAGAAUGAACUAAGUUCUUCAUCUUCCUAUUGAAAAUAAACAUGUCUAAACAGAA